AUGUCUGCAAUUCACGUCGCUUUCGAGAUUAAUCCCGCUACAAGUCUUGUAUGUCUGUCUGUCCGAUCGAAGCGCAGUUCCUUGGUCAAAUUCAUGAUUAUCAAAGAUAAGCGAGAAGAAAGCGAUAAAGAGGAGGCCAAGCCCGCGAGACCAUUACCGGAGACGGCGUUAUCCUCUAUGGACAGGACUACUACGCUGUCGCUAGAGGAGGCUCGCGAGGGCUGGCUAACGCAAGGCCUGGGCGAUGGGAGAAACGCGACGGGUCAUUCAACUUGUCGGCCCGACGGGGGCCAGUCGCGCGCGCUGACCGACCACAUCAUCCAAGGCCAGAUCAUGGAACUGGCAUGGGCCGCGGACGACGGGAACCCAAGUGCAGCAUGUCUGAUGAGGACUCGACUUCAGGGCCGGCCCGCAGCUCAUCAUGGAUUUGCUGACGUGGAGAGACGCGCGGGAGCAGCCGACAAAAAGACCGGCGUCGAAAUGAUAACGAGUCGUGAUGUGUCUUCAUGA